GCUUCACCCACCACCUCGACUUGCCAUCUAGACGCUCUGCUCAGCCAUGGCCGAGUUCAAUCUGCUCCAGUGGACUAUAAUCCUCAUUCUGAUCGCCGUUGUUCUGUCCCUCAUUGUCCUUGUCCAGAUCGUCUCCAAUUAUACGGCCGCGUACCAAGCGGCACCGCUCGAGAUCGCAACCUUUGUUGAUACUGCCGACUUUUCUGUCCAGGAGAAUGAAAGCUAUGAUCGCGAUGUCGCAAAAGUGCAGCGUCUUGAUGACAAGAUUCGCUUGACGCGCCUUUUAAGGGAGAUCCAAAAGACGGGUGAUGAUUUGCGCGAGGACAUUAAUGGCAUGGUGCUUGAGGAAGAUACCACAAAGUUAAAGACGGCCGCCAGGCUACUAUGGGCAUCGAAGCGAGCGAGGUUGGAGGAUCGUGUUCGAAGGCUGGACAUGCUACGCAUGCGCUUUCUUGUCGUUUACAUGGGCGUUGUCGCAUCGCACACGAACACCACAAACAACACUAUACAUGAGAAACCCUCUUCAAGAGCGCCACCACCGCCGCCCCUACCCACAUCCAGAGAUCUAGAAAAGUGGCCCGUUUUCAAGACUUCUACACGCCCUGCUCUUCCCAGAGGCAUGUCGGAGAGUAUUGUCAACCGCCCUCCAUUGCGCAGGUUGACCACCCAGGCUCUAAUUAACCAUCCUGAGCCCAUUCCAAAAGCCAGUCGCAAGGGCUGGGCAGGAGUCGUCCAUGAGCUACAGACAUCGCCCAAGAUGCAACAACGUCAUGCCUCGAUUGAGCGUGCAAUGUCGAAACCAUACUCACGGUCACCAUGAUGCUUGAGUUUCCAUCUGGUUUUCUUUACACUUUGGUUUCCAGUUACAGCGAAAAGGCAUGACCAUUAAAUAUUGUAUAAUGCGAUUAUAUCGACUGGCAUUGCACGCUACACGUUGCUUCUUACACACUAUACUUACAUACUACAAAUUGCACACUGUACACUGUACACUGCGCAUUACACGGCGUUCUUGGUGUGGCCUGGUGGCCAGCAAAACAUUAACGAUAAGGCAUGGUCCGGUAUGACCACGGGCAAUUCGCCAAUCACGGGGGGCAUGGUUGAAUGCGUGAUGAUUAACGAUGGGUUUAUUUGUCGAUAAUGAAGGUUGGAGGAGUUUGGUACACUGAUUUCAUUUCACUUCUAUAGAUGGGAUGAUACCCUUUUCCCGUGGUCUCAAGACACGAUGUUUUGAUUGUACGUUUUCUUAGUUAAUUUACUUUUAUAUCUAUAUUUGAAUCUUUUACCAUUCUUGAUC